GAGUUGGUGUGUGUGCUUAUCUUUGCCAAAAAGCUAUAAUUCUUCUACUUAUAUUCAUAAUAUAAGUCAACAUAAAGGCCUCAAAUCUCAAUCCUCUGAAUAUUUGGUCUUCAUUCUGGUUAAACAAGCAGAAUAAAUAGGCAACAACACCAUCAUCAUUGCACAAUUCACUUUUCUGGUCUUUUUCAAGUUAUGGAUAACAAGGAUUGUGAUGAUAGGAUAUCGAAAUUACCUGAUGCUAUGAUCAUUCACAUCCUGUCUUUUCUCCCAACUGAAGAUGUUGUUCGAACAUGUAUUCUUUCAAAGCGUUGGAAACUCAUAUGGUAUUCAGUCCCUACACUCUUUUUUCCUUUCUCCAAUGUUAGUUCUCCAAAUUGUGAUCUAAGCCUAGACAAGUUCUCUAAUUAUGUGGACAAUUAUUUGGAACAUCGCAAGAAAGGUAUGCAUUUUUCGGGCAUUGUUAGUUUUAAGCUUGACUUGAUGCUCAUCUAUCGCGAAUAUAAUGAUAGCUUCGCAGAUAAAUGGUUAGCUUUUGCAGUUAAGAAUAAGGUUAAGGAAAUAUAUCUGCACAUACACAUGGAUCAAAAGUCCUAUGAAAGGGAUUUCUACUAUGAUUACUACUAUGAUGGCCCAAAUUAUAUACCACAUGCACCCUACUAUUACUUACCAAAGAUACUAGAAAAUGUGAGUUAUUUGACAAUCUUGGAGUUGAAUGGGGUUAUGUUGAAUACUUCUUAUUCAUAUAGCUUUCCAUGUUUGAAAACAUUGUCAUUAGAAAAUAUUGAACCUACAUCUAGAGGAAGUGAAAGGGAUAAUGUUGAUGUGGUAUUUAGGUUUUUGCUGGGUUGCCCUUCUCUUGAGACAUUUCGGUUGUGUUCAUAUUUUUUACUUAUUGAUAAUCCAUUUGGAUUAGAAACUUUAAGCCUUAAGUUUAUAGAACUUAUAGAUGUUCAUUAUCUUGGAUUUCUUCCUAAAAUUGAAGCCAUAAAUCUUGAAUCUUUUGUUCUAGUUGGGGCUAUCUUAGACAUAGUGAAUCUCUCUAAUUGUAAGAAAAUUACAAAUCUUGCAUUAUCUAUUAUGAACAAUCACAUUUCAUCAUCAUUAGAAGCUCUUAUUUCAAACUUACCACUUCUUGAGAAUUUGACUUUGACCUAUGAUGAUAAUUUUAAGUUGGGGACCCUAAGAAUCUGGAGUCAACACUUGAAAAGUUUAAAGAUAAGUACUAAGAUUAACGACGUUGGAAUGAUGAAGGUUACAAUUGAAUCAGCUCCAAAAUUAGCAUACAUCUCUUAUGAAGGUAAUACCAACUUUAGCAUAUCAAUGGAAUCAUCCAAUUCAUUGAAUGGGAAAAUUGUAAUUCGUUGGAUUGAAGAACAAGGAGACUAUAACCGAAAUUGGUUUACCAAUAUGAGAAAUUUUCUUGUGAAUCUCAAUUGCUCUUGGAAUAUUGUUACCCUACAUGUACCAACAUAUAAGGCUCGCAUUAGGCCAGAAAACUUGAAGAAGACAUGUCAUUAUCCUUUACUUAAUUGGAAGCAUCUCAGAGUUAUCACUGACUUAAAGCCUGAGAGAAUGUACGAUUUGAAGGAUGCCUUAUUGUGGAUUUUACCAUCUUUAGAAACAUUGUCUAUUAAUGGAAAUGACAUAUUUUAGUUUCUUCACAA